AUGUCCGCCGCCGUCGCCCGGCCCCUCUCCGGGGCUGACACGUGUCCCACCGCCGCCCUCAGCCGCCGCGGCCCGCGGGGCCCGAAGCCAGCCCGCGCGCCGCGCCGCCCGUCCGCGUCCAGGCCGCAACCACCGCCGCCGACCGCGCCCUCCGCCGCCACCGCCGACCUCGCCGGCACUCGCCGUCAGCCGCCGUCGACCGAAGCCGCCGCUCCGCCUCCCGUGCGCCGCCUCGCCGGGGCGCCGCCGUCCGCCCCCGUGAUGGCGCCUCUCGUCCCGCGCCACCGCCCCUCUCCUUCACCAGAGCGCCCUGCCGGCGUCGCCACCUCGCCGGAGCCGCCGCCGUGUUCAGCCCUGCCUCGGUUCGCGUGCCAAACCCUAGAUCCAGAUCUGGGAGUCCAAACCCUAGAAAUUCCCCUCGCGUCGCCGGACAUCUUCCCCGCCACGGACGGACAAUGUCCGCCGCCGUCGCCCGGCCUCUCCGGGGCUGACACGUGUCCCACCGCCGCCCUCAGCCGCUGCGGCCCGCGGGGACCAAAGCCGGCCCGUGCGAGCCCGCGCGCCGCCCCUCCCGUCCGCCUCCUGGCCGCAACCACCGUCGCCGACCGCGCCCUCCGCCGCCGACCGCGCCCUCCGCCGCCGCCGCCGACCUCGCCGGCGCUCGCCGUCAGCCGCCGUCGACCGGAUUCGCCGCUCCGCCUCCCGCGCGCCGCCUCUCCGGGGCGCCGCCGUCCGCCCCCGUGCUGGUGCCGCUCGUCCCACGCCGCCGCCCCUCUCCUUCGCCGGUGCUGCCCCUCUCCUUCGCCGGAGCGCCCUGCCGGCGUCGCCACCUCGUCGGAGCCGCCGCCCUGUUCAGCCCUGCCUCAGUUCGCGCGCCGAACCCUAGAUCCAGAUCUGGGAGGUGAAAUUCCACCAAGUCCCGAAACCCUGUAA